GUGUGCUGUUUUUGAAAAUAUUGGCGCUUGUUGUUUCAAUGACGCUUGUCGGUGCUUGGUAUUUCAGCGUAAAUUAUAAUCAUUGUAACGCCGAAAUGACAUGUAGCUGGAUUUAAAGCAAACCAAACGCUCUUUAGUACGAGGUUUCUACCCAACCAGUCACAAUGGCCAGUAAUGUUUGCAGCCAUGUGAAGGUGGUUGUUCGUGUGAGGCCAGAAAAUGAUAGCGAGAAGCGUGAAAACUUUCGCAACGUUGUCCAAGUUGUGGAUAACCACAUGCUUAUAUUUGAUCCCAAGCAACAGGACGUAUCUUGUUUUGGGUCUCAAAGAGUGCGGAACAGAGACGUUAACAAGAGGCCCAAUAAAGACCUCAAGUUUGUUUUUGACCAUGUCUUCGGGGAAAACUCUACUCAAGUGGACAUUUUUGAGAACACAACAAAAGCCGUUAUAGAUGGAGUAAUGAAUGGAUUUAACUGCACAGUGUUUGCCUAUGGGGCCACUGGUGCUGGGAAGACGCAUACAAUGUUAGGAUCACAGAAUAACCCUGGGGUUAUGUAUCGCACAAUGAAAGAGCUGUUUAAACGGAUGGACGAGGCCAAGGAGGAGAAAGAGUUUGCUGUUGCUUUCUCAUAUCUUGAGGUUUACAACGAGCAGAUCAGAGACUUGUUGACGAACAAUGGCCCUCUUGCAGUGCGAGAAGAUGGACAGAAAGGAGUGGUGGUACAAAACCUCACUUUGCAUCAGCCCAAAUCUGCAGAGCACAUUCUUGAGGCGCUGGAUUCUGGCAACCGAAACAGGACACAGCACCCAACAGACAUGAACGCCACCUCCUCCCGCUCCCACGCUGUGUUUCAGAUAUAUUUAAGACAACAGGACAAAACUGCCAGUCUCAACCCAAACGCAUGCAUCGCCAAAAUGAGCCUAAUUGACUUGGCUGGGUCAGAGAGAGCCAGCCACACAAAUGCCAAAGGGGCACGUUUACGGGAAGGUGCAAACAUAAAUCGCUCACUUCUCGCUCUUGGAAAUGUUAUCAAUGCACUCGCUGACCCCAAGAGCAAGAAGGCUCACAUCCCAUAUCGAGAUAGUAAGCUGACAAGGAUCCUCAAAGACUCUUUGGGUGGUAACUGUCGGACUGUUAUGAUCGCUAAUAUCAGUCCUUCGUCCAAAUCCUAUGACGACACCCACAACACGCUCAAGUACGCCAACAGAGCCAAAGAGAUCAAGUCUACGCUCAAGAGUAAUGUUGUAAGUCUAGACAGUCACAUUGGCCAGUAUGCAGUGAUCUGUGAGAAACAACGGCUAGAGAUCCAGCAAUUGAAACUUAAACUGAAGGAGUACGAGGAAAGAAACAUGCCUUCUGGAGUAGUUGGGAUGAACACCUUACCGAAGCAAGCGGAGUUUAAAAGGGUGUCCGAGGCUCUGCAGACAAUCUUCUCGAGUCGGGCUCUGAUCAGGCAGGAGCAGCUGGAGCUGGAGAGGCAGCUGAAGGAGAACGAGCUCCGGCAGCGCUUCUGUGAGGAGGACCAACUGCAGGUCCAGUACUUCUGUGCCAAAGAAAAGACAGAGAAGGCCACUUGUAAGUUUGAGCGCAAGAUUGCCAGCUUACGCACCCAGCAGCAGCACAUUUGCAAACGCUUGAAAGAGGCAAAAACUCGCUUCUUGGACAAUGACGGCUGCCUGCACCGUGUUGAAAAUGAAAUGAAGUUGUUAAAGACGAAUAAUCAGAUCUUUGAGGUGCUGGAGAAGGAGCUGCACUGCCACAGACUGGAGUUGCAGGUGAACGAUCUGAAACAACACAUCAAGCAGAUGGUGGAGCUCACAGCACUGCAGGACCAGGAGAACAAGAGGAUGCAGAAAAUGAUGAACAUUCUCCUGCCCGCCUAUAGCCGCCACCACUCAUCUUUAUGUAAGGCUGGAUUAAGCACAAAAACAGACCACGAGGAGACAGCAGAGUUGGAGCAUUUGGUUCUUCGAGAGAGAGGUGUGGUUUGGGCGGACCAGGAGGGGGCGGAACUAACACUGAAACUCGAAGGAAAUGGUACGGAGUCAAAAGACAGGAAUGAAACUGAGGCUGUUGGUCUCGACAGUGAACUGGCCCCAUUCCUGUCUUUCUCACACCUGCACUACCACCAGAGCAGCCCUUGUAGUUCGGAGUCCCGUUCAAAGCGACCCUCAUUGUGUCAAGGCUCUUCCUCACCAAAAGGACAUGAACAUCAGACAGACUCCAAGCAGGUUGUCCCUCUCAAAGCUCCCACCAGGAGAAACCUGUCUGCGUCUAUGGCCCCCCAGGGUCCCAGGUCCCCUGCCCUGCUUCCUAUGAGUGAGGAUGGGGUUGUCCUUCUGCAGCGGACCCCCGAGCACAGUCAGAGAGCUGUCCAGGGCGCCAGCUUAGACCCCAACGCCACUUUUGAGGUCGUAGAACAAGAAGAUCAAACCAAUGCAACCAUCAUCCUGGGUCACAGCAGCAGUCCAACGCUGGAGUUAAAAUCUGCACCCCUCUGUGGUCGAAUCCAACCUCUGCCACCUGCAAAGGCCAACCCCAACAAAAGACCACCAAUCCUGUCAUUACAAGAAACCAGACGGACCAAGCCUAAGUACAUGGAGAUGACGUCCUCCGCACAAGGAAAACGCAAGUUUAACCAUGUGAUAAAAGAGGACACACAGGGGAUGUCUGCAGCAAAACGUAUCAAGAAAGACCCCUCCGUGACGCGCAAACCUCUCAGAGUAAAUCGGACAGGCGGUGAGUUCAGAGGAGAACAAGCCCCAGAGAGUCGUCAGGAGCAUCUCAGAAGGCAACCUCAACCUCCUGGAGCCUCACAAACCCAGAUCCAUUUUCUAUAAAACUACACAAAAGUUUAAGCAAGUGGCCAAGCGGAUGUGAGCGGACAGAUCAAAAAUCACUAUUAACCCUCAUCUCAUCACCGUCCUUUGUAACAUAUAAAUUACACACAGAUAAUAGUGUAGCCCUCAACAAUACAACAAUAUGGACUAAUAUGAAGAAGCCACAAACCACUGCCUUUUACCUGACGUUUAAAUAAAGAUUUUAUAGAUUUGUAAUUAGAUUAUUGUGGUUUUGUUUAGGGAUGUCUCUUAAAGGUACACUACGUAAGCUUUUUUUAGGGACUGGUCUGCCACCUGCUUGUUUCAGUGGAGAUGUUAUACCUGGAAUGUUCCAUACAUAUCUACUUCCAUGGAGACAGACAGGUGUGGAUUCAUGCUAAGUUACAGGUCAGAUCUGUGGAGAAGUGACCCUGCUCACAGUAACGGUACAUGUUUUUCUGAGCAAUAAAUGCAAGGUAAGUUUAAUGCCAUACUGGGAAAGUUUCUGGCAAAGCGCUAACAUGUCAAGCAGGAGGCCACCUGAAAAGAUGCAUAGUGCACCUUUAAUAUAGAUUUAAUUUGAUUUUAAAUGUAGCCUCGUACUUUUACUAAGAGGUCCUGUGGUUCUUGUUUCUCUGCUGAUUCUCUGGGCAGCUAAUGACAUUGAUGGACUCAAUAAAAUAUCACAAUGUCAAGAAAAAACUGCUCUGUUUUGAGCAGAUUGUAUUCAGUUAUUUUGUUGAGGAGUUAAAACGGAACAACAAUAAAGUGGCAUGUAUGAUCCUGAA